GACGUGAACAUGGUGAGGGGAGGGUUGGUGAAGUGAUUUUGUUAGACCACGUUUUGGGAGAGGUCGAGCCAGUCAGCCGUUAGCCAAAUUUCCUCUGUAUUACUCUUAAUUAUUUUCAUUCUGACUGUAGUUCUUAAACUGCUCCUAAAGGUGCCUGCUAUGCUGUAGCGAGUGGGGAGAGGAGGAACAGAUUGGGGCACAGAGGAUAAGAGAUGGGGAAGCAAAAGAAAGCAAGGAAGUAUGCGACAAUGAAGCGAAUGCUUAGUCUCCGAGAUCAGAGGCUUAAAGAAAAGGAUAGAUUAAAACCUAAAAAAAAAGAAAAGAAAGAUCCCAGUGCACUCAAGGAAAGAGAAGUCCCCCAACAUCCUUCCUGCUUAUUCUUCCAAUAUAACACACAGCUGGGCCCACCUUACCACAUCCUGGUUGAUACCAACUUUAUCAACUUUUCCAUUAAAGCCAAACUUGACUUAGUACAGUCAAUGAUGGACUGUCUUUAUGCCAAGUGUAUCCCUUGUAUAACUGACUGUGUAAUGGCUGAAAUUGAGAAACUGGGGCAGAAGUAUCGAGUGGCUCUAAGGAUUGCCAAGGAUCCAAGAUUUGAACGAUUACCAUGCACACACAGAGGAACCUACGCAGAUGACUGCUUAGUGCAGAGAGUAACUCAGCACAAGUGUUACAUUGUGGCCACAGUUGACCGAGACCUUAAACGAAGGAUCCGGAAGAUUCCUGGAGUUCCCAUCAUGUACAUUUCUAACCAUAGGUACAACAUUGAGCGGAUGCCAGAUGAUUACGGAGCCCCUCGGUUCUAAUUCUUAAAAGAUAGAGUUCCUCUGCCUUCCUUUACCAACUUUUUCUAUUGCCGGUUCAUAUUAGCAACAUGCUAUAGCAUGAAUUAUUCUUCUUACCCUUUUCCUGUUAUGAGCUGAGUAUGGUUAAAUACACUCACUUUUUGGUAUUGUUUUGAAAUUGAUAAUUUGUAUCAUUUUAAAUAUUGUUGCAUUUUUUUUAUAAAUCAGAUGAUUGCUCAUA